GCCUGCUUUUUUUUUAGGAAUUGUCUAUCACAGAAGAAAGAAGUAUACUUGCACUUUGCAAACGUAAAUUUAUGAACAUAGUAUUUCUAAUACUGUGGUGUUCCAGAAGAUGAUAAAGAAAUGAUAGCAGCUCCAGAAAUACCAACUGAUUUUAAUCUCCUCCAGGAGUCAGAGACACAUUUUUCUUCUGAUACAGACUUUGAGGACAUUGAAGGAAAAAGCCAAAAGCAAGGCAAAGGAAAAACCUGCAAAAAAGGGAAAAAAGGUCCAGGAGAAAAAGGAAAAGGUGGCAAUGGAGGAGGGAAACCCUCUUCUGGUCCAAAUCGAAUGAAUGGGCAUCACCAACAGAAUGGAGUGGAAAACAUGAUGCUGUUUGAAGUUGUUAAAAUGGGCAAGAGUGCUAUGCAGUCUGUAGUGGAUGACUGGAUAGAGUCAUACAAGCAUGACCGAGACAUAGCGCUUCUUGAUCUCAUCAAUUUUUUUAUUCAGUGUUCAGGCUGUAAAGGGGUUGUCACAGCGGAGAUGUUUCGGCACAUGCAGAACUCUGAAAUAAUUCGAAAAAUGACUGAAGAAUUUGAUGAGGAUAGUGGAGAUUAUCCACUCACCAUGGCUGGACCUCAGUGGAAGAAAUUCAAAUCCAGUUUUUGUGAAUUCAUUGGAGUAUUAGUCCGGCAGUGUCAAUAUAGUAUCAUAUAUGACGAGUACAUGAUGGACACAGUCAUUUCACUGCUUACUGGAUUGUCUGACUCCCAAGUCCGAGCUUUUCGACAUACUAGUACAUUAGCAGCUAUGAAGUUGAUGACAGCUUUGGUGAAUGUGGCAUUAAAUCUUAGCAUUAACAUGGAUAAUACUCAGCGGCAGUAUGAAGCAGAGAGGAAUAAAAUGAUCGGGAAGAGAGCUAAUGACAGGUUGGAACUCCUUCUGCAGAAAAGGAAAGAGCUUCAAGAAAAUCAAGAUGAAAUAGAAAACAUGAUGAAUGCAAUAUUUAAAGGGGUUUUUGUACAUAGAUAUCGUGAUGCAAUAGCUGAAAUCCGAGCUAUCUGCAUUGAGGAGAUUGGAAUAUGGAUGAAAAUGUACAGUGAUGCCUUUCUUAAUGACAGCUACUUAAAAUAUGUUGGUUGGACUAUGCAUGACAAGCAAGGGGAAGUAAGACUAAAGUGUCUUACUGCUCUACAGGGACUUUACUAUAACAAAGAGCUUAAUUCCAAACUAGAACUCUUCACCAGUCGAUUUAAGGAUAGAAUUGUGUCCAUGACUCUUGACAAAGAAUACGAUGUUGCCGUACAAGCAAUAAAAUUACUCACUCUUGUUUUACAGAGUAGUGAAGAAGUUCUGACUGCUGAAGACUGUGAAAAUGUCUACCAUCUUGUUUAUUCAGCUCACCGGCCAGUAGCAGUAGCAGCAGGAGAAUUUCUUUAUAAAAAGCUCUUCAGUCGAAGAGAUCCCGAAGAUGAUGGAAUACUCAAAAGACGGGGAAGACAAAGUCCAAAUGCCAACCUUGUCAAGACAUUGGUAUUUUUCUUCUUGGAAAGUGAGUUGCAUGAACAUGCAGCUUACCUUGUGGAUAGCAUGUGGGACUGUGCUACAGAGCUUUUGAAGGACUGGGAAUGUAUGAAUAGUUUGCUGUUGGAAGAACCACUCAGCGGAGAGGAACCAUUAACGGAUAGGCAGGAGAGUGCUUUGAUUGAAAUAAUGCUUUGCACUAUUCGACAAGCAGCAGAGUGCCAUCCUCCCGUGGGAAGAGGGACAGGGAAAAGGGUGCUGACAGCAAAGGAAAAGAAAACACAAUUGGAUGACAGAACUAAAAUUACUGAACUUUUUGCAGUUGCUCUUCCACAGUUAUUAGCGAAAUAUUCCAUAGAUGCAGAAAAAGUGACUAACUUAUUACAGCUGCCACAAUACUUUGAUUUGGAAAUCUAUACAACUGGGCGGUUAGAAAAGCAUUUAGAUGCCUUAUUGCGACAGAUACGAGAUAUUGUAGAGAAGCACACAGAUACAGAUGUUUUGGAAGCAUGUUCUAAAACCUAUCAUGCACUCUGUAAUGAAGAAUUCACAAUAUUCAACAGAGUUGAUAUUGCAAGAAGUCAAUUGAUAGAUGAAUUAGCAGACAAGUUUAACAGACUUCUUGAAGAUUUUCUUCAAGAGGGUGAAGAACCUGAUGAAGAUGAUGCUUAUCAGGUUUUGUCAACAUUAAAAAGGAUCACUGCUUUUCACAAUGCCCAUGAUCUUUCAAGAUGGGAUUUGUUUGGUUGCAAUUACAAAUUGUUGAAAACCGGUAUUGAAAAUGGAGACAUGCCUGAGCAGAUUGUCAUUCAUGCACUGCAGUGUACCCACUAUGUAAUCCUUUGGCAGCUAGCAAAAAUUACCGAAAGCAGUUCCACAAAGGAGGACUUGCUACGUUUAAAGAAACAAAUGAGGGUGUUUUGUCAAAUUUGUCAGCAUUACUUGACCAACGUGAAUACUGCUGUUAAAGAACAGGCCUUCACUAUUCUUUGUGAUGUGUUGAUGAUAUUCAGCCACCAGAUUAUGUCAGGAGGGCGUGAUAUGUUGGAGCCACUAGUAUACACUCCCGAUUCUUCAUUGCAGUCAGAACUGCUCAGCUUCAUUCUGGAUCAUGUCUUCAUCGACCAGGAUGAUGACAGCAAUAGUGCAGAUGGACAGCAGGAUGAUGAGGCCAGUAAGAUUGAAGCAUUGCAUAAGAGAAGAAAUUUACUCGCCGCUUUUUGUAAACUAAUUGUUUACACUGUGGUAGAAAUGAACACUGCUGCAGACAUUUUCAAGCAAUACAUGAAGUAUUACAAUGACUAUGGCGAUAUUAUCAAGGAAACAAUGAGCAAAACAAGGCAGAUAGAUAAAAUCCAGUGUGCAAAGACGCUUAUUCUCAGUUUACAACAGUUGUUCAAUGAGAUGAUACAGGAAAAUGGGUAUAAUUUUGACAGGUCGUCACCAACAUUCAGUGGUAUAAAAGAACUUGCUCGGCGCUUUGCUUUAACAUUUGGACUUGAUCAGUUGAAAACAAGAGAAGCCAUUGCCAUGUUACACAAGGAUGGAAUAGAAUUUGCAUUUAAAGAACCUAAUCCUCAAGGUGAGAGCCACCCGCCUCUAAACUUGGCAUUUCUUGAUAUUCUGAGUGAAUUCUCUUCCAAACUACUCCGACAAGAUAAAAGAACAGUGUACGUUUACCUGGAAAAAUUCAUGACAUUUCAGAUGUCUCUCCGAAGAGAAGAUGUGUGGCUUCCCUUGAUGUCUUACAGGAAUUCUUUAUUAGCUGGAGGCGAUGAUGACACAAUGUCAGUCAUAAGUGGCAUUAGCAGUCGUGGAUCUACUGUAAGGAAUAAAAAAACAAAGCCAGCAACAGGAAAACGGAAAAUUCCUGAGGCUGAAGAAAGCAGUAGUAGUGAUAGUAUGUGGUUGAACAGAGAACAAACAAUGCACACACCUGUUAUGAUGCAGACACCGCAACUCACUUCCACGAUUAUGAGAGAGCCCAAAAGAUUACGACCUGAAGAGAGUUUCAUGGGUGUCUAUCCAAUUCAGCCGGAACACCACCAAACCCCACUUGAUUACAACACACAGGUAACAUGGAUGCUAGCUCAAAGGCAGCAAGAAGAAGCAGCCAGGCAACAGCAGGAGAGAGCAGCAAUGAGCUACGUUAAACUGCGAACUAAUCUUCAACAUGCCAUUCGGCGUGGUACAAGCCUAAUGGAAGAUGAUGAGGAGCCGAUUGUGGAAGAUGUGAUGAUGUCCUCCGAAGGGCGGAUUGAAGACCUUAACGAAGGGAUGGAUUUUGACACCAUGGACAUAGAUUUACCACCGUCAAAGAACAGAAGAGAGAGGACAGAACUGAAGCCUGAUUUCUUUGAUCCUGCUUCAAUUAUGGAUGAAUCCGUUCUUGGGGUGUCCAUGUUUUAAUACCAGUUCGGCGAUUAAAUCUGUGGUGAAGUCAUUUUCUAAAUGGAAGAAGAGAUUUUUCAAUAAGUUGUGGUAGAUACAGUGAAAUUCUGUACAGAUUUUUCUCUAAGGAGAAUAUGACAUGCUUACCAAGAUCAAGUGCGUUGAGGGGCAGUUUUGUUUGCCUGAAAUAAAGAAAAGUAAAGGACAAGUAAACAAAUUGAGGAUAAGCUACAGUUUUUGUUGGAAAGAAAAUAUUUUAUUUAUGUGCUAUCAGCUUAUUUCCGAAUCAUGAGAAGUAUUCCCUCCUUUUCGAAUCUAACAGUAAUCUGAGAGAUACCUGGUACAGAUUGGAGUUGUUCUCCACCACAUAUACUGGGUGUACUAAAUAAUCAUGACCUCUGCUGGAUUUCUGUUUACAUCCAUGAACUGAAAUGACAAGAUGGAUUGAUUUUUCCCACCUUGGAGUUGUAGAACAGAAGAGUUUGGGCGUUUUAAAUCGUAAAUGCUUAAAACUGCAAUCAAAAGGAUCUUUGUUUUAAUACCGAAAUCAUGGAGAAACGUAAACUUACGAGCAGAACUUUUACAAUUUUUUCAUCUAAAAUGUAUUUUAAGAUAUUUUUAAAAUCCAAAAAAAACUUCUCUAUGCCUUCUCAGAAAUAACCAGAAACACACUGAACUCCCAGAAGGUAACAAAUCUCAAACAUGCUUGCCCAUUAUCAACCCUGAAAGUUUGCUUGUCCUUUAAGAAAAAAUGUAAUGUUGUGAAAUUCCUUCCAGUAGUGCCACUGUAUUUUGUCUCCAAAUAAAAGAAGCUUAUUGUAGUAUGUUUGCAGAAAAAUUCUAAACAAAAAUUAUACAGCUUAUUAGAGUGUGGGAAUAGGGAUCUAAAUUUUAAAUAAAAUUAUAUAUAUAUAUAAAUUGGUGCUGAUUUUAUAAUUGCGCAGUUUGUUUAGUUUUUUCUUACUUUUAAAUUCCAACUUAAAAUUAUGAGGUUUCAGAAAUAUAUUGAAAGUUUAACAAUGUUUAAAAAUAGAAAAGCAUGAAUGUUCAUGCUUUAAAAUGAUUUUUAAAUUUGUAUUUUAUAUUGUUUUAUCUAUCUGUCUUUGCAAGCAGUCUUCAGGUUAAAGAUACUUCUAACAGGUUACAGUACAUUUCCUCUGUAUGUAAAUUAGAUGGGAUAAUAGAAGUCCAUAAACAACCCAUAAUAUUCUUUGAAAGCUAAGCUUUAAACUCCAUUUUGUGUCCUUUCACAAAUCAGUCUAAAACAGAAAGUGGCCAUCUGCCAUUUUGACAUCAACUCAUUUUGCAAGGCUUAGGCAGCUAGACAUCAUUUUAAAGGAAAUAUUAACUUAUAUUACGUAUGUAUAUUUUUUUGCCAGUUGUCUCUCAGUUCUUGAGGUAUAUUAUUUUAAUCAUUCCAUGCCUUAAUAUGCUCGCAAUACAAGGACAUCCCCAAGUGGGCGAAUACAAACAGGCUUCCUGUGUUUAGAUUCAGAAAUUAAACAUUGGGCUGUGGUAGCCAAAAACCUUAGAUAAUCUAAAGGAUCAUGAUAAAAUAUAAUUAUUUUACUAAGUCGUGGGGUAACGAUAACAUAAAUCCCGAUCUGCCUAACUCAUUUUCCAUAAGCAAAUAUUCUUCAUGUCUGAAAGUACUGCCUAUAUUUUUUUUUUCACACCACUGCAUUUAAUAGAACUGCUGAGAGGACUGUAUAUAUGAUUUUAAACUUAAGUUGAUUUUUCUCACUCUUGAAGGAGUAUUUCUUUGUGAAAGCAGUUCUUACAGCUUUGUUUUCAACCAGCUAAAAAUGUUUUAUAUAUUUACCUUAACCUGUUGUCCUCCACAUUCUAUUGUCCUAAUUGUACUGUUUUCUGAUUUGUAUUUAUGUCUUGAGACAGUAACUUUUUGAAUAAAAAUAAACCUACAGUAUGUUGUAUGUUUGAUCUUUUGGAAUCAGAAGGGGGGGGCAGCUAAGAUGAGGUUGAUCCUGAUGCAAAUGUUAUGUUUAUAGAAAUUAAAUCUUUUACCAUGUCUUUUAAGUGUUUGUCUCAGAGUUGGGAUAAUGUAUGGAAAACUGCACUGUUUUAUAUUUGUAAUAAAUUGUACAAGUUUUUUAAUGUGAAUAAAGCACUAAUUGGGUUAAUAAUUUAAAAUAGAAAA